AUGACCGAGAAAGACUAUUGCAAGUUUCACAAUUCGUGGAGGCAUUCCACUAACAAUUAUGUUAUUUUCCGCAAUAUUGUGCAGAAGGCAAUUGAAUAUGGCAGGUUGAAGUUUCUAGAAAAAAUAGAAGUCAUGGGUGUUGAUGGAAAUCCUUUUCCCAAGGUCGUUGCCACAAAUGUUACUUCCUUUGCCUCGGAACACCCUAAGAAGAAGGUGGACUUGACAUGUCCAGCGGCCAGUGGAAAGCUGGAAAUUCCUAAGGCAACAGCAUCCAUGGAGAGAAUAGUGGCUCAGUUAGAAAGGCAACUCCGAGAGGCUCAGAUUGCUUUAAUCCAGCAAGGUUGUUACCCCAAGUGUAAAAUUCAGAAUGAAGGCUGUUAUAGAGAUGUUCCAAAGGAGAAGUAA